AGAUGUAAUACGAAAUGUGGUUAUAGAUCAUAGAUAUUGACUGAUAUUCCACGUUCCCCAGAAGAGAAUAUGGCGGCUUGUUCACGCAGAAUAAUGAUCUGGAGGAAAACUCCAGCAGCGAAAUUACUGUUUAGUAAACAAGAGUGUUCGUUUUGUUUACGUUUCUUCAGCGAAGCAAAGGGGUUUCCACUCAAUAAACCAUUGCCAAAUAUGAAAGCACCAAAUUCAUCAGUAGUUCUUGAUUCCUAUGAAAGUAAUGAAACUAAAAUAACAAAAUUAGAGAAUGGUCUUACAGUUGCAUCUGAAGAGUCGUUUGGUCAAUUUUCUACAAUAGGCGUUCUUAUUGAUGCUGGUUCUCGAUAUGAAGUUGAUCAUCCAGGUGGGCUGUCACAUGUUAUUGAGAAAAUGGCAUUUAAGAGAACAAAGCAGUUCAAAUCUAAUGAAGAAAUCUUGAAUGAGCUUGAAAAGCAUGGUGGGAAUGCUGAUUGUCAAUCAUUUCGGGAUGCCAUAGUAUAUGCCACAUCUACUUUUACUGAGGGUUUAGAAAUGGUUAUGAAUAUUUUAUCAGAUGGAAUUUUUAGACAAGAUAUUGAUGAUGAUCUUGUGGCAAGCCAAAAAGAGGUUGUUGAAUUCGAACUGGAAAAUUUGGAGUUGAGUCCAGAUCCUGAACCUAUUCUAACAGACUUGAUACAUGCUGCUGGUUAUCGAGAUAACACGUUAGGACUGCGCAAACUUUGCCCUAGAGAAAAUCUCUCCAGUAUUAACGCAUCAGUUAUGAAAGAUUACAUGUCACGAUAUUACGAGCCAUCAAGAAUGGUUCUUUCGGCGGUCAAUGUAAAUCACGAGGAGACAGUCGAGCUGGCCGAGAAAUAUUUUGUCAGCGCAAGUACAACCUGGGACCACAACGAAGUGACAUCAACAGACCAGUCAGUCGCACAAUUCACUGGUGGAAUUAUUACAGAACAUCGUGCAGAGUCGCAAUUAAACCUUGGUCCUACACCAUUACCAGACCUGGCUCACGUCUCCCUCGGGUUAGAAAGUGUAUCUUUUACUGACCCUGAUUUCUUCGCCUUUGCCGUCCUUAAUGCUCUCAUGGGUGGAGGAGGUUCAUUCUCAGCUGGAGGGCCUGGAAAAGGCAUGUAUUCACGACUAUAUUUGAAUGUCUUGAAUCGCUAUCACUGGAUCUACGCAUGUACGGCAUUCAAUCACAGCUACGUGGAUAGUGGAAUAUUUUGUAUCAAUGCAAGCUCUCAUCCAAGCCAGCUUCCUAAUCUGGUUCAGACACUUCUAUACGAAUAUUUCAAUUUAAUACGUGGUGAAUUUAACGAUGUUGAGGUCUCGCGUGCCAAGAAGCAGCUUCAAUCAAUGCUGAUGAUGAACCUGGAAUCUCGUAUUGUAAUGUUUGAAGAUAUUGGAAGACAAAUUCUCGGACUCGGGGAACGACACUCCGCGCAAGAGCUGUACGAGAAAAUCGAAUCUGUAACUAUUAAAGACAUGGAAAGAAUAUCAGAAAGAUUAUUAACAUCGAAACCAGCUUUGGCUGCUUAUGGAGACCUAAAUAAACUGCCUUCAUUUAAAGACGUUGAGAAAGCUUUAGUAAACGAUGGUAAACUUUCACCUUCAAGAUUUUUCCUAUUCAGAUGAUACGGAAAGAACUAAAAGAUGUAAAACAUUUAUUAUAUAAAAUGUUCUGUAUAUUCA